AAACAUUUCAACCCAACAUCUUCAGUCUAACUACAAAAGCGAAUUAGGGUUUUAGAUCCAUUUUUCUCUCUACAUAUAUUGCUCUGCGGCUUUCUCUUCUUCUCAAAUCCAAAUCUCAUUUCUCAACAACAGGUUUGCACGUAGAAGAAGAAGAUGGCAACAGUACCGGGACCUCUUGUUUGGGAGAUCGUGAAGAGGAACAACUCUUUCUUGGUUAAGGAGUUCGGUAACAACACUCAGAGUGUUCAGUUUAGCAGAGAGCCAAACAAUCUCUACAACCUCAACUCCUACAAGUACUCUGGUUUGGCAAACAAGAAAACUGUUACUAUUCAGCCAGCUGGCAAAGAUCAGUCUGUGUUGUUGGCCACCACCAAGCCAAGGAAGCAGAACAAGCCUUCUGCUUUGCUUCACAAAUCUGUGAUGAAGAAGGAGUUCAGGAGGAUGGCAAAGGCUGUUCAAAACCAGGUGGCAGAUAACUACUACAGACCUGAUCUCAAGAAGGCUGCUCUUGCAAGGUUGAGUGUUGUUAACAGAAGCCUCAAAGUUGCAAAGUCUGGUGCAAAGAAGAGGAACAGACAUGCUUAAUUGAAUUAGAUUGAGAAGAGUUUAAUUGCAUGCUACAUUUUCAUGAAUUGUGUCCACCUUUUUGUAGUUUUUUCUAUUCUAGAACUGGUUUGGGAGUUUUGGAUUUCUGUCUGGUACAUUAAUUUUAUUGUCUUUUUAAAUAUAAGACCAAUACCAUAUUAUUACUGUUUUUAA